AUUCAAUUUCUUGAAAAUAAAAAUUUUGAAAAAUAAAAAGAAAAAAUUCUGACAGCAUACUGUCUGAGACCUUUACUAGCAGUGGCAUCAAAGGCCCCCCUUUGUUGUGUGUUAUGCAUAGAUAACAGGCUACACACCAAAUUACUGCCCUUUUUCUCUUUCCUAUAAUUUUACUGUUCCAUUACAUUACUAUGUCAUUACACUCAGUACAUCUCCCCAUGAUCUUCUUUCUUUGCUCUUCUUCCAAAACACUAUACCAAUAUUGCAACCCAAAUUGGUAACACCUUUCAUUCUAACCAAGAUUUACUCUUUUUUUAUUUCCUCAUCUCAAGAGAAUUUCUACCCAUUUCCCUUUUCUUUUUCUUUUUUUUUUCAACCAUUAAGCUUUGAUAGUACAAAUUCAGUACUAUUUCUGAAGUUGUCAUCAGAAAGUUUGUAUUUUUCUUCUUAAUUGUUGUCAAGAAAUGGGUUAGAGAGCACAAAAAUGAGUAAUUUUUUGUGGGUAUUGUGUGAAUUUGUUGGGAAUUAUAAGUAAGUGGUGAAAGAUUUAAGCUUUAAUGGAAAUGGUAGAGUUGAAUGGCAGGGGGUUUCAAGUUUUUGAAGUGUUGCAAACUGAGAAGCAACAAGAAGAACAGAAUCAGCAGCAGGAUAGGAAGAUUAUUGAAGAACAAAGAGAAAUUCAGCAUCAAGGAAAAGAAUUUUACUUGUUUUUUCAUCAUUUUUAGUGUUAGUAAUAACAAAAAUAAGAAUUACCCAAAAUCCAAAACUGGAAGAACCAAAAGAUUACAAGGGUUUGAGUCUGGAUCCUCAAAGGAUUCAAUUCCACCAAAAUCACCUCUUUUUUCAUAAUCAAAACCCCAGAAAUGUAGAUGAAGAAGAGAAUGAAAGGCAACCAUUUCCACCAUUACAAUUGCAAGAACAAUCACCAUUCAAUCAUCAUCAGUUUUACCUUCAUCAAUCUCAAUCUGGGCAGCAAUAUAGAGACCUUUAUAAUCAACUAGAAUCUCAAAAUUUAGUACCCAUUUCAGAAUCUGAACAACCCAUUAAGAAAAGGGCUUACUUUCCUUCAUCUUCUUCUUCCAUUCCUGCAGGCACAGAACAGGUUCAACAGCAACAGAAGAAACAAUCAGGUUCUUCUAGAACAUCCUUAAGAAAAGCUGGAAUUGGUGAAAUAGUUGAAGUUCAAGGGGGUCAUAUUGUUAGAGCCACAGGUAGAAAGGACAGGCAUAGUAAGGUCUGUACUGCUAAAGGACCAAGAGAUAGGAGGGUUCGGCUUUCGGCUCAUACAGCUAUACAAUUCUAUGAUGUACAAGAUCGUCUUGGGUAUGAUCGUCCUAGUAAAGCUGUAGAUUGGUUGAUUAAGAAGGCUAAGAAUGCCAUUGAUGAGCUUGAACAAUUGCCUGCUUGGAGUCCUUCUAGUAUGAAUAUGUCGACCUCGAACAGGAGGCGAAAGAAGAACGAUGUGAAAGACGAUAUGCAGGAGGAAAAGGGAGGUGGGAGUGGUGGUAGUGGUGGAAGUGGUGAAAGGUUAUAUGGUGGUGAGGAUCAACAACAGUUGUAUAAUAGUUCUAAUGUUAAUAAUAAUUCAGGGUCUAGUUUAUUACCACCUUCAUUGGAUUCUGAUGUUAUUGCUGAUACUAUGAAGUCCUUUUUUCCUAUGGGUGGUGGAGGUAAUGUAGGACCCACUAGUAAUAGUUCAGCUUCUGAAUUUCAAGACUAUUUUCAUGCUGGAUUGUUGCAAAGAAGUGGUGGUAAUGGUAGGCAGAAUCAAGAUUUGAAGCUGUCAUUACAGUCAUUCCAGGAUCCAAUCCUGAUGCACUCACAUUCACAUCAUGGUGGUAGUGCUGCACAUAAUGAGCAGCAACACGCAUUGUUUCCAGGAGCCGUCCCAAUUGGGUUUGAGAACCCACAUACGGACUGGGGUGAUAGCCAGCAUCAUCCCAGUCCGGAAUUGGGACGGCUCCAUAGGCUUGUAGUUGGCUGGAACACCGAACAAACUGGUACCGAACACCACAGUGUUGGUACCGGGAGUGGCAGCAGCAAUGGUGGUGGCAGUGGAUAUGUUUUCAAUCAGCCUUCGCCGUUGCUGCAACCACUGUUCGGUGGUGGCCAACACAGCCAGUUUUUAUCACAGAGGGGACCCCUUCAGUCCAGUAACACACCCUCUAUCCGAGCAUGGAUUAGUGACCCUUCCUUUUCGAUUUCUAGCUCGAGUGAACAUCAUAAUCAUCAAGCUAUUCAAGUCCAUCCACAUGCCUUAUCAGGCCUUGGUUUCGUUUCGGGUGGAUUCUCAGGGUUCCAUAUACCUGCUAGGAUACAGGGCGAGGAGGAGCAGAACGGCGAUCUUAAUAGGCCAUCUUCUGCUUCCUCCGGUUCUCGCCAUUGAUACGAGUGACUCUGAAGACUCACCCUCUAUUGGGAUUAGUCUCUAAAGGAAAUCUUUAAUGAAACAAUGGAGUUUUCAGUUCCUAUGAAUCAAUGGCAUAAAAUAUGCAGGAAGAAAAAAUCUGACAGGAUAUAAUUUCAGGUUAUAUUUCCUGCAAAAUUUAAUUAUCUUAUCAGUUGGUUACUUAUUUCUGUAGUAGAUUUUCUUUAUUCAUAUGUUUGAGCUAUCAUGUAUGUUUUGAUGAGCUUGUUAUGGUCAUCAUUGUUGUAUUUGCUACUAGUUUAUUAUCCUUAUCCAUCUAUAAUAUCAUGAUGCUUUUCCAUUUA